GCUGUCCAAAGGGCUACAAAUGUUGUUUAUCAGCAACCGCAAGUGUCGCGUGACAAGAGAGGAAAAGCUGUUGGCCAGAAAGGUGGUUUCCGCGGAUGUACCGUGUGGCUGACUGGGUUAUCUGGUGCUGGGAAGACAACUAUUUCUUUUGCCCUUGAAGAGUAUCUUGUUGGCCAGGGUAUUCCAGCAUACUGUUUGGACGGAGAUAAUGUUCGACAAGGUCUUAACAAGAACUUGGGUUUCUCACACGAGGAUAGAGAAGAAAACAUCCGUCGUAUUGCUGAAGUUGCCAAACUCUUUGCCGAUGGUGGCAUUGUAUGCAUUACAGCUUUCAUUAGUCCUUUCAGAGCGGAUCGUGAUAAAGCAAGGAUACUUCAUGAGAGUGCUGGGCUUCAGUUCUUUGAGUGUUAUGUAGACACACCUUUAGAGAUCUGUGAGCAGAGAGAUGUCAAGGGCCUGUACAAGAAGGCCAGAGCUGGUCUCAUCAAAGGCUUCACUGGUGUUGAUCAAGCCUAUGAAGCACCAACUGCUCCUGAUGUUGAUCUAAAAGCUGGGGAACUCUCUGUUGAUGAAUGUGUGCAGAAGGUUGUCUCACUGCUUGCACAGCAUGACAUAUUACCCCGUGGAGCUCUUGCCACCGUCCGAGAGCUGUUUGUACCAGAGAAUCAACGUGAAUCGGCUACAACUGAAGCAGCUGCUCUGCCUUCUGUGGAAAUGAAUGAGGUGGAUUUACAGUGGACUCAGGUUCUUGCAGAGGGUUGGGCUACACCUAUUGGUGGCUUUAUGAGAGAGAGAGAGUAUUUGCAGUCCCAACACUUUGGUUGUCUCUUGGAUGGUGGAGUGAUCAACCAGUCCAUACCCCUGGUAUUGCCAGUCCAGACUGCAGAUAAGGAGAGACUUCAUGGGUCUAAAGCUUUCACUUUGAAGUAUCAAGGAAAAGAUGUAGCAAUUUUACGUAAUCCAGAGUUUUACCCACACAAUAAAGAGGAGCGAUGUGGUCGCCAGUUUGGCACCACAAACCAGGGGCAUCCUUAUGUUAAGAUGAUCAUGGACAGUGGGGACUGGCUGGUUGGAGGAGAUCUAGAAGUGUUAGAUAGAAUAUUAUGGAAUGAUGGACUGGAUGAAUAUCGACUAACGCCACGAGAGUUGAGGCUCAAAUUCAGAGAACUUGGUGCAGAUGCAGUCUUUGCUUUUCAACUGAGGAACCCAAUCCAUAAUGGACAUGCAUUACUAAUGUCAGACACUAGAAAGAAACUGUUGGAGAAGGGCUACAAGAAACCAGUUCUUCUCUUGCAUCCUUUAGGAGGAUGGACCAAAGAUGAUGAUGUACCUCUACCAACCAGGAUGAGGCAACAUGCAGCAAUCCUAGAUUCACAAAUUCUAGACCCUGCUUCUACAGUCAUUGCUAUUUUCCCAUCACCAAUGAUGUAUGCAGGCCCAACAGAAGUACAAUGGCAUGCUAAAGCUAGAAUGGCCACUGGGGCCAACUUUUACAUUGUAGGCAGGGAUCCAGCUGGGAUGCCACACCCAGAUGGUAGCAGAGAUUUGUUUGAUCCUUCACAUGGAGCUAAGGUUCUUACAAUGGCGCCAGGUCUGACACAGUUAGAAAUUGUUCCAUUCAGGGUUGCUGCCUAUAACACACGUAAACGAGCUAUGGACUUCUUUGACCCUGAGAAAAAGGACGAGUAUGAUUUCAUUUCAGGAACUCGCAUGCGAAAGAUGGCCAGGGAAGGUAUCACACCGCCUGAUGGUUUUAUGGCGCCUAAAGCAUGGGAUGUCAUGGUACAAUAUUAUCAGUCACUGCCAAAUAACAACAUGUAG